UUGAAACCCACGAGAAAUGAAUCGAAAGACGGGGUCAGAGUGAAUGGAGGGAUAAUGAAGUUUAUUUUGGAUGGGGUACAGCCAGGGGAAGAGCAUGGGAGAGAGACCAGGGACCGUGAGAGAAUAAACGGCAGUACAAAGAACGGGAGCUGAAUAACAGGGACACGAAUACGGAGCGAGAGUGAGUGAGUAAACGAUGUAUUCGAUGGACUGCCCCGUAGCCUUGAGGUCUCUGCUGGUACUGUUCUUGGCCAUCCCGGGGGUGCACCUUGGCAAGUGCCCAAAGGAGUGCAUAUGUGACCAAAUCUCACUCACUGUUACCUGUGUCAACAAAAACCUGACAGAGGUGCCUUCCACAAUCGACGAGAUCACAGUGAAACUGGAUCUGAGAAGCAACUACAUCCAAGAGCUGCCAUCAGGUGCGUUCAAACACACGCCGUACCUGACACACCUGUCCAUGCAGCGCUGCAAUCUCCGCACCGUGAAGGAGGGGGCGUUCCGUGCUCUGGGCCGUCUCGUCUUCCUCAACCUGGCCAACAACAACAUGGAGAUCCUCUAUCAGGAGUCGUUUGACGGUCUCUCCUCACUGAAGCAGCUGCUGAUUGACCGUAACCGAGUGGAGGAGAUCCAGCCAGGGGCCUUCUCUCAGCUGGGGUUCCUCAACCUGCUCUCCCUCACCCACAACCAGCUCACCUAUAUCCCCAACAUGGCCUUCCAGGGCCUGCAGAACAUAAAGUGGUUGCGCCUUAGCCACAACUCUGUUAACUACAUGGCCACUGAGGCCUUCGCAGGCCUGUUCAGCCUCACGCGCCUCAGCCUCGACCACAACGAGCUGCAGUUCUUUCCUACUGAGACCAUGACCAGGUAUGAUGGUUGUGUUAUCUCUUCCCUGACAUACACCACAACACCCUUUUUCCAGGCACCAUAA